UGGAAAUGCGCGGGAGCCCAUCCCAUAGGCGGCCAUGAUCAACAUUCAAGCCCAUCGGGUAUUUCAACAUCGCAACGAGGCGACACAAACUCAAUCGAUAUCGAGCCAUCUUCUUUAGCACCGCAUACCAGUCACUCGUUUUGAUUCUCAAAAGUAUUCGAUCUCUACGCAAGCCCCCAGACUCCCCGACAACGGAUCGUGUAACCAAGAAUCCGACGACACCGAAAUUCCCAAUUGCUGAACACCACCACACCCAAUCCACGAACCCCUCCUCACCACGUGCUGGAUAGCUCUUCAGAUCGCGAGCACAGGGUAGCCUAUAUUCAACAUGGCUGACGCCGGCUACACCAAUGGCCCGGGCAACACGCCCCUGGCAGAGGUCAAGAAGCCCAAGAAGAAGAAGGUUCUGCUCAUGGGAAAGAGUGGCUCGGGAAAGUCGAGCAUGCGAAGCAUCAUCUUCAGCAACUACAUUGCCCGUGAUACCCGGAGACUCGGCGCAACAAUAGACAUCGACCUCUCCCACGUCAAAUUCCUCGGAAACCUCACCCUCAACCUCUGGGACUGCGGCGGUCAAGAGGCCUUUAUGGAAAACUACCUCUCCCAGCAGCGCGUCCAUGUCUUCUCCAACGUCGGCGUUCUCAUCUACGUCUUCGAUAUUGAGUCCCGCGACAUUGACCGCGACCUUGCAACCUACGUCUCCAUCAUUUCCGCCCUCCUCCAAUUCUCCCCGGGCGCCAAGAUCUAUGUCCUCAUCCACAAGAUGGACCUCGUCGUCCCCGCCCACCGCGAAUCCGUCUACGACGACCGCGUUCGCGUCGUCCGCCAGCGCACGGCAGAGUACGCAAACAGCAUCGGCUACCUCCACCAACAGCACCCAGACGCCGCCGACGACCCCACCAGCCCCUCGACCGCGCCCCCCGCCGGCGGUUUCGACAUCACUCCCUUCGCCACCAGCAUCUGGGACCAGAGUCUCUACAAGGCCUGGGCGAGCAUCAUCCACGACCUCGUCCCCAACCUGGCCACGAUCGAACGAAACCUCGCCAACCUCGGCGUCGCCAUCGAGGCAGAGGAGCUCCUCCUCUUCGAGCGCACCUCCUUCCUCGCCGUCUCCUCCUGGACCUCGGAAGAAGGCCAGCGGAACCCCACCGAGGACAGGCUGGAGCGCAUGUCCAACAUCAUGAAGCACUUCAAGCAGACCAUCAGCCGCUUUACCGGCACCCCGCGCAACGCAGAGCAGUUUGUACGCAUGGAGCACAAGGCCGGCACGCGCUUUAACCUCUUCAUCCUCAAGUUCACGACGAAUACCUACCUGAUGGUCAUCCUGCCACCCGGCGAGGCUAGGUUCAACGCCGCCAUGCUCAACUGCCAGAUCGCGAUUGAGCAUUUCAAAUUCCUCGACGGCCCAGCCACCAUGAUCUCGCAAGGCGGCGGCGGCAGCACAGCAUGAGAGUAUUCCAAAGAGGGGCUGUAAAUAAUGCGAACCUUGCGGAUCUGUUUCUAGGUGGUUUAUACGUUUCGGCAACAAACAGUUUGCCGCAGCGGCGUAUGGCAAGGGAUGAUUAAUGAUACCAUUUGAAGGGGCGUUGAAGGACCUCAAAACUGUACAACAAACAAGUACAUGUACACUUAUCACAAAGGUACUGUGGCAGCAAG